AUGGGAGGCGUAGGGCUCACGGGGCGGGGUGACAGUGAUUGAAUUGUGUGGGGCAUCCCUUGUUUGUGUUCGUAGGGUCGCAACUGUACGUGUAUAUUCGGUACGGAAUGUGAUUGGUUGUUGUGGUAUGUAGCAAAUACUGUGUGUGUGUGACAUGAUGACAAGUGUCUGAGAUAUGAGCAUUUGGUUGUUACUAGUGUCAGAUAUAUGUGCUGUUCCUAUUGUGUGUGUGUGGGAAUAUGCUCUUUAAAUAGGAAUUAUUUGUACUAGAGUGAAUUUCUGCUCCUGACCAGGAGGCUUGCACUCAUCUCUUGUCUGUAGCAGUGUCAGUAUUAGUAUAAGUGUAUGUAUAAGUAUUAGUAUAAGUGGAAGUAUCCGUAUAAGUAAAUGUGAUUGGAGCCAGGGGAGUGACAGGUGCUCAUGUGGUUGGUCAAUGGCAGAGAGUGGGGGAGGGGAUGAGCUGAAGUCUCUUUGGGGUUCUAGCUGGGAAUGAUGAUCUCCCAAAGAGACAGGGGGGAUCUUGCACGUUUUUACACUGUCACUGAUCCCAGGAGGCACCAGAAAGGUUUCACCAUCUAUAAAGUCACAGCACGGAUCGUGUCAAGGAAGAAUCCCGAGGAUGUUCAGGAGAUAGUUGCUUGGAAGCGAUACAGCGACUUCAAGAAAUUACACCGAGAUCUCUGGCAAAUACACAAAAAUAUCUUCAGGCAGCAAGAGCUAUUUCCUCCAUUUGCUAAGGCAAAACUCUUCGGGAGGUUUGACGAGAGUGUGAUUGAGGAGAGAAGGCAGUGUGCCGAAGAUUUGCUCCAGUUUUCCGCCAACAUUCCAGCGCUCUAUAACAGCAGCCAGUUAGAAGAAUUUUUUAAGGGCGGAGAGGUGCAUGAUGGAUCUGAUCUGAUAGGACCAGCUGAACCUCUUACAGAUUUUACAGACAGCCUUUCGGAUUGCAGUUCUGAUGUGAGAAAGGAUUCAUGUGGGCUUGAUGACUUGACUUUUACCAGCAUUUCUGAAUGUGGAGGUCUCUCCAGUGACAGUGACUUGAUCUCUUUGACAGUUGAUAGAGAUUCUUUGUCUGGGAUAGAUGAUGGAAUGGCCUCCAACCAGACUUCACCCAGUAAAUUUCUCGGGGUCCUUCCAUCGCCCGAGUCUAGCAUUCAAAGUAUCUUUGCCUCUAGUCAUGAGGCUACCAAAUCUGAGGGAGAGAGAGAAAGACGAAGCUCAUUCCCUGCCAGGUUAAAGCAGAAGCUCAGCAAACCAGACUACCUGACCAAGGCUGGCUCACUGAUAACCAUGGCCAUGAAGAAGGAGUCAGAGGAGGACUAUGAAUCUGCCAUUGAGUUUUACAAGAAAGGCGUUGAUCUUCUCCUGGAAGGUGUUCAAGGAGAGCCAAGUCCAACGCGGCGGGAAGCGGUGAAGAAGAAGACUGCUGAGUAUCUGAUGCGUGCAGAAAGUAUCUCCAGCUUAUCUCUUAAACGCCCGCCGGAGGAGCUUAGCGCUCCUCCAGGAGCACUAAGUUCAAGGCCCUCUUGGAACCUAAGGAGUCCUGCCGAGGAACUGAAGGCCUUCAGAGUCCUUGGGGUGAUUGACAAGGUUUUACUUGUUUUGGAUACCAGGACACAGGAGACCUUUAUUUUAAAAGGUCUGAGGAAAAGCGAGCACUGUGCAACCAGAAAGACUAUCAUUCCCCGCCGGGUGCCCAACAUGGUGCGUCUGCAGGAGUACAUCAUCUCGGAAGAGUCCAUGUUCCUUGUUCUCCAACAUGCAGAAGGUGGAAAAUUAUGGAACUACUUGAGUAAAUAUUUUAGCACACGUGCUGACGAAAGCUUUGAUGUUUCUCCUUCGAAGAGCUCCCACUCAGAUGAAGACCUUCUAAAACAUCCAGCUCUUUGUCCUAAAAGCAGCCUUGACUCCAGGGGAAGCAGCGAUAGAAACAUGCUGUCUGUGCAACCGCUGCAAAGUAGCUUGACACUUAGUUCUCAAGAUGACAGUAGCACCCAAGAUGAGGAAGGGAGGGAAAGUCCUCUUAAAUGGGCUGAUUCAGCAUCAAGUUCUGACGAGGAGUGCACCACAAGCUAUCUAACCCUGUGUAGAGAGUACAGUAAAGAGAAGGUGGAACCUGACACAUUAAGUGUAGAGCCUUUACUCGGACUGGAUGAACAGGAGGAUACCCCCACAGACUUUGUAGAGGAAGAGCCACAUUGCACAACCUAUAACGGUUUAAACUCUCAGAUAACUAGUGAGGAACCUUUAUUUAAUGAAGAGUGUGGACAUGGCGGGCCCAAGCCAGUUGUGAUGGCUGAUACACUGAUAAAAUCUAGGGGUAGUCCCAUGGAAUUUUUUAGAAUUGAUAGUCGGGAAAGUAAUAGUGAUUUUGGAGAUCAUGGCUCAAAGGCAGGAACUGUUGAUCCAUAUCCUCCUUUCCAAGAUGACGUUGAUGUUGACAGUGAAUUUGAGCCAGCAAGACCACAUGUUGGUCCGUCCGCUAUUUUCCCUCACGAUGCACUAAGCAGGGGGUCAAAUGAUUCUGUUCCUGUCAUUUCAUUCAAAGAUGCUGCUUUAGAUGAUGUUUGCAGCAUUGAUGAAGGAAGGCCAGACCUUCUAGUCAACCUGCCUGGCACCGAACAAAUGGAAGAAACUAAAGUCGUCUUUCAACACAACAUUCUAGAAACUGAUUUUAUGGAGACCAAGCUGUUAGAAACCCCUGACGUUUUACUGGUGAAUAACAGCUUGGAGCAAUUGAAGGGACUGAAUCCAAAUCCACUUGUGGCUGUUGAGCAAACAGGGAGCUCUCAUUCACAAAUCAUUGAACAAUGUCAAGUCAACACUAACAACAAGGAGUCUUCUAGAACUUCACCUAUUGAUCCAUUAGAAUCAAGGGGUGCUUUUAGUGAUUUAGACACUUUAUUACCAAUUACGUUGUAUAACAAGGCUACAGAAGAAAUCUCCCAAGUUCCUCGUGAGAUGUCUUCAGGCAUCAACAAUGUCCGUAGUCCUCAAGAAACACUACCUUUGGUCAGUUCUGAAAUGCCUGAUGAGUUAACUACUAAUCUGGUGCAGCUCAAGAUCAAAAUUGAGGAUACAGACGCGUGUUUUGAUGUCAAAAAAGAAUUUCGGGAGGAGAAGGAGAUCCAUAAACUGUUCCAGGAACUCGAUGCUAAAUUGUCAACCGCAUCGAACUUCAUCAUCCCAGAGACCUGUAUCCAAAGAUGGGCCGCUGAAAUAGUUCUGGCUCUUGAUGCUCUGCACGGGGAAGGAAUUGUGUGCCGCGAUUUGAACCCAAACAACAUCUUAUUGAAUGAUAGAGGACACAUUCAGCUAACGUAUUUCAGCAGGUGGAGUGAGGUUGAAGAUUCGUGUGACAGCGAUGCAAUAGAGAAAAUGUACUGUGCCCCAGAAGUCGGAGGAAUAACAGAGGAGACGCAGGCCUGUGACUGGUGGAGUUUGGGGGCUCUUCUCUUUGAACUUCUCACCAGGAAGGCCCUGGUCGAGUGCCAUCCAGCAGGAAUAAACACCCAUACGACUGUCAUUAUGCCGGAAUACGUGUCUAAGGAAGCGCAGUCUCUCGUUCAGCAGCUUUUGCAGUUUAACCCACUGGAGCGACUUGGUGCCGGAGUUGCAGGAGUUGAAGACAUCAAAUCUCAUCCUUUCUUUGCUGGCAUAAAGUGGGAUGAGCUUGCAAGAUGAAAUCUUAAGGGAACAGUCGCGUGCUUCAGUUGGAUCCGGACAUGGGAAGGCCAAUGAGAGGAAAGGUUCUAAUAAUAUCUGAAUGGGGCCUGCUGGGCAUAACCUCUGGGCAUAACUGAGCCAUAAAGUGCAGCGCCGUCCUUCACCUAAACACCUUCUUAUUUGCGUACUAAUUUUAAUGAAUCUUUUUCAAUAUGAAUCAGAGAUAUCGACGUUUACAGUAGAACAAAGUAUGGUGAGAUAGGAUGAAAAGGAUAGAAUGUUUUGCAUGUUGCUUGGUGUGAAGCUGUGAACUGGAGAGGUGGCCCUUAUCUCUGAGAUCAGACAUCAGAAUAGGGAACCUCAAUGCUCCAGAGGGCUUCCGGGUUGACAUACUAAAAAUACAUUUUACCUGUUACACAGUACAAUAUGCCCUUUGUUAUCUAACUUUCCCACCAUGAAUGCAAAUGCCCUCUCCUCAAACAGACCCCCCGUGAAUUCUAUUGCUUUGGAUCUUAUAUGCAAAGGACACCACGCUGACAUGCAAGGGGUUAAUAGGUAAAAGUAGAACGAAGCGACGCAUUGCAACAAUACGACUACAAUAAAGACAUUUAUCGGUUGUA